AUGGCAUCGCCGGACGGAGCCAGCGGCGUGGGCGGCAGCCCCGAGGAGACGGAGCUCAGCAUCACCCUGACCCUCCGCAUGCUCAUGCAUGGCAAGGAGAUCGUCAGCAUCAUUGGCAAGAAAGGAGAGACUGUUAAGAGGAUACGAGAGCAGAGCAGUGCGCGCAUCACCAUCUCAGAGGGGUCCUGCCCCGAGCGCAUCACCACCAUCACUGGCUCCACCGAUGCCGUCUUCCGUGCCGUCUCCAUGAUCGCCUUCAAGCUGGAGGAAGACCUGGGAGCGGGAAGCGAUGGGGCAGCAGUGGGCAGAGCACCAGUGACGCUGCGCCUCGUCCUCCCGGCCCCGCCCAGCCAGUGCGGCUCGCUCAUCGGCAAGGCAGGAGCUAAGAUCCGGGAGAUUCGGGAG